UCAAAGCUUGUCUCUUCGCAUUUGGUGAUGGGGCUGGCAGGGAGCGGGCAGGGCCAGUGGCUCCGCGGGAAGUGCGGUGCAGUGGGGGACGCUCCGGUCCUCGGGUGGCUGUGGCGCUGGGGCAGGGGCUGACGCACCUCUCUGUGUCCCCACAGGUCCGGAGCACGGGCAGGCACGUUCAGCACCCGAUGGCGCGGGCAGCUUGGCACUGAGCGGGGCAAACGCCGCGGGACCAUGGGGUGCCGGCAGCGGGGGGGCUCGACCGCGGGCAGCGCUGCCGGGGCCAGGAGCCAUAGGGCCGGGCAGGGGGCAUGAUGCCCGGCAGCCCCGCGCCCGCCUCCCGUGCAGCAUCCCCUGGGCGCGCCGGCGCGGGAUGAGGCUGCCCGUGGCCCCGGCUGCAGCUGCCGGCCCCAGGGCCCGGAGCCAUGGUCAGCCGGGAGCCCGUGCCCAGCCCAGCGCCUGCGGGCGAGGGCAGCCAGGACAAAGCCAUGACGGUGCGCUCGGUGCUGCUCAACCGCGACUCGCCCGACAUCGAGAGCCGCCUCAAGCGCCGCCGCAACCGCACGCAGCAGGUUCGCUUCAAGGACCUGGUGGAGGGCGGUGUGGGGCCCGCGGCAGCCCCCAGCCCCAACACCCCUCGUGCCUCGCCGCCCCCCAGGGAUGCCCCUGAGCCAGCAACUGCCCCUCUCCGUGCCUCGCCGAGCCGGCCCCAUGCCCAGCCGGGCUCACUGACGCUGCCCAUGCCACGCAGGGCAUGCAUGAGCACGGCCAUCCAGACCUCUCCCAGCCUCCACAAGCCCUUGGCAGCUUCCCAGCACCGCAGCAAGAGCAUCUGCGAUGUGGCCGGGGCUGUGGUGCUGCCGGCGGGUGCCCGGUGCCCAGGGGGUUCCGUGCCCACCCCACAGGAGCCCCGCAGCCUCCCCUAUCCCAGUGCCCCUGUCCCAGGCACGGCCGGGUGUCCUGCUGCCCGCUGUGCCCCCGAGGCCUCCCCACUGCCCGCUGCCUGCACCCGGCCCCGCAAGAGCCCCGGGGGCAGCCGAGGGACCCCCCCGCGCCCGGCAUCCGUGCCCUGCGGCCAGUCCCACCCUGCCGAGCCGCGGGCACUUGGCCGGAGCGACUCGGAAUGGAGCCUGCCCCAGGGACACACCCAGCCUCUUGGGCACUCCCUGCCCCAUGGGCAACUCCAGCCCCAGCCCCUCGGGCACCCACAGCCCCUGCCCCAUGGGCAGCCCCAGCACCUGCCCCAUGGGCAACUCCAGCCCCAGCCCCUCGGACACCCACGGCCCCUGCCCCAUGGGCAGCCCCAGCACCUGCCCCAUGGGCAACCCCAGCCCCUCGGGCAUCUCCAGCACCUGCCCCAUGGGCAACCCCAGCCCCAGCCCCUCGGGCACCCACGGCCCCUGCCCCAUGGGCAGCCCCAGCACCUGCCCCAUGGGCAACCCCAGCCGUUGGGGCAUCUCCAGCAUCUGGCCCAUGGGCAACCCCAGCCCUUGCCUAUCGGGCACCCGCAGCCCCUCAGGUACCCUCAGCCCCUGCCCCAUGGGCAACCCCAGCCCCUGCCCAUCGGGCACCCCCAGCCCCUCGGGCAUUCCCGGCCCCUGCCCAUCGGACACCCCCAGCCCCUCGGGCAUCCCCAGCCCCUGCCCCAGGGGCACCCCCAGCCCCAGCCGUGCCACUUGUCGACCAUCCCUGCCACGGGCACCCCUGGCCUCCACCAGCCAGCUCAGGGCACUCCCCCGAGCCCCCAGCAUCAGCUCUGUGGCUCGCCCUGGGGGGGGCCCUGCUGUUCCUCCACAGCCCCUGUGUCACAAGCACCGGGCUGGCUCCACUCUACCACCACGCCGGACAAGGCACCAGCAGCACUGGCCCGGCCGGAGCCCCGCGGUGCCUGCAGUGAGCCCGGGCACGGUGCCACAGCACCGCAGGGACACGAGGCUCUGCUGGGGACGCAGCCGCCCAGGGGGGCAUCGGAGCUGCCCCAGCCCUGCCUCACCCCGCAGCAGUCAGAGACACUGCGCCACGUCCAGGACCUUCUGCAGCUCGUGGUGGUGGCCAAGGGGCCCCCCACGGGGGACGAGGAGGCGCGGACAGCUCAGGGAGUGGGGCCCGGGGAGCGCGGGGACCUGCAGUCCCAGCUGCAGUCCCUGGAAGGGGUGCUGGAGACCAGCCAACAGACCAUCCGCGUGCUGCUGGACGUCAUCCAGGACCUGGAGAAGAAGGAGGCGCAGCGGGACGGGCGACACUCGUACCGGACAGGGCAAGACAUCGCCAACUGCGGGACGUGCCGGGACUGCGCCUGCAUCAUCUACAGUGUGGAGCACGAUUUCCGGCAGCAGGAGGGCCGCUUCCAGCGUGUGCUGAGCCAUAUGGAGGGGGACACGGCCCCCGGCUCCCCGGAGGCAGUGGUGGGUGCCACGGUGCCACCAUGCCAGGAGCCGGUGCCGGGGCUGAGGCCACCCGCGAAGAUGGACCCCAAGAAACCGCGGCGGAAAUGCUUCUGGUUCCUGUGAGCGGUCACGGCCCAGCCCCGAGCCCUGAGCCCCAAGCCCCAAGCCCCGAGCCCUGCCCUGUCCCCCGCCUCCAGCGGCGGCAGGGUUUGGUAGCACCAGCUUUUCUAUUUCUAACCCUUGGUUCAGAGGAGUGAAGCCCCUGUGGAACCAACUGGGUGUGUGACCGGGUCUGCAACCAGGUGUGUAACCAGCCAGGUGUGUGACCAGCUGUGUAACCAGCUGUAUCGCCAGGUCUGUAACCAGGUGUAUAACCAGGUCUGUCACCAGGGUGAGGGGCUGGGGCCGAUGUGUGAUGGGAACUCAACAAAUCCCAUGGGGACACUAUUUUUGUUAC